AUGAACAUGAAAAUGAACAUCGAAUGGCAUGUUGGAGUUGUCCACUUUAUUGGCGCCACACCAUCACGCAAAUUUAAGCUUACCACGUACACCCCAAUAGAAGAAGUAUGUGUAAUAUUGCAUGAAUUUGUACCUUAUAGCGACAAUCUCAAAAUUGUGAAGAUCGAGUACCGCAUGCCAUCUGUUGACAAAGAUGGGAAGCUUGUACUCAUCAACCAUGAGCUGAAGAACGAUGCUGAUAUGCGGGGUAUGUGGAAUACUUAUACCAGUUUUGAGGAGAAAGUUCUGAUCGAGCUAGAUGCGACUAUUUCAAGAUCAGUCGAUGAUAUUAUCAUGAUGUUGCAACGUCCACAUAGACAUUGA